AUGCGCGAGUGACGUGAUCUUGGAACCAGUAGCAACUUACGCAUGGCUGUCAAUGUGAGAGCGAAAUUGUUUUAACUGAUCUUACAAUUCAAAGUCAUUCAAAGCUUGUUCGACUUUAAUCAGCUAAUCGUUUAGUCAAAGCGAACGCAAUCAUUUCUACAGUAUUUGGUACCGCGUUGUCGAUUGUAUUCGUGAGUCACGUCAAAUCUGUCAUCGUUAUAUCAGUGUAAAUUGUGCGUGCACAACUGGUAUAAUCACGUUAGCCAAAUCGUUCGAGUAAUUUUAACUUUGUCGAUUUCAAUUAAACGGACGCACAACAUUCGUCAUUAUGUGCGCGAAAAUGGCUUUUCAGCAUCAGGCUGGCACCGCAAUGGAAUGCUUAAGCAUACCGAUUACAUUGCACAAGGAGACAGAAGUUAACGAAAAUGGAGAGGAAGUAAUGAAAUGUGGUUUUAAAAUAGGUGGAGGAAUCGAUCAAGAUUUUAGGAAAAGUCCACAAGGAUAUACAGAUAAUGGUAUAUAUGUUACCGAAGUACACGAAGGAUCACCAGCAGCAAAAAGUGGCCUCAGAAUGCACGACAAAAUUUUACAGUGCAACGGGUAUGAUUUCACGAUGGUCACUCAUAAAAAAGCAGUAUCGUACAUCAGAAAACAUCCAGUAUUAAAUUUAUUAGUAGCUCGCAAAGGUGUGACCAGUACUUAAAUACCAAAUGAAAAGUCUACACGAUAUAAGAGAAGUAUUUAUUUCACUUUAUACACAAACAGAGUCAACUUAUUCGAGCUACAUGUCUGCCAAAUAUCAGAUUAGUUUAUAACCAAUAGUAAGAUUAUCUUGAGUUUAUGCAAACAUAAAAAAAAAACAAUAUCUGCUGUUUUAAUAACUGUUUUAUAAACUUUACUGGCACAGAGUGUCUAAAAUUCCAAUUAAAUAGAGAUACAACGUUAAUUCGCACAUAUUCGAUAUUCGUUGAAACGUUUACUUUGCAGGCAUUAUAUUCAUCUUCCAUUGCAGUAGAAUUAGAGCAUUAGAGCAAUAGAUUGAUAUAUAUGUAUAAAAAUCCUGUUAUAGUUCGUUAUUGUUGUUAAAAAGGAUAAUUGUAUAGAAGCGUUUUCCUGGUAAUGUCACUUUCCAUGUGACAGUUAAUAAUGCUAUCAAUGUGUAUAAUUA